CGCGGGCCCGGCGGGAUGAGCGCCGUGCCGGGGCUCAAGGAGGACUGCGAGGAGCUGCUCGGCGCCUUCCAGCGGGCAGACACCGUCCGCUUCGAGCGCUUCGCCGAGCUGUGGCGGGAGCGCCGCUUCCACAGCGUCUUCCAUGGUAGAGUAAGAGCUUUAGAGAGGAAUAAGCUCACAAAGAAGACUCUAGAUUUUGCCCAGCAGUACUUCUUGCCCCCCUACUCCUUCCAGAUCCGAGUUGGUGCUCUGUACCUUCUAUAUGGACUCUAUAAUGCCCAACUUUGUCGACCAAAACAAAAGAUCAGAAUCGCACUCAAGGAUUGGCCUGAAAUCCAGAAAUUUCAGCUGGAUCUGCUUGACUCCCAGCAUUAUGAUGCAACCUAUAUCUUUAGGAAACUGCGGCUUGCCAGAGCCUUCCAUUUCACAGCAAUGCCAAAGCUACUGACCUACAGACAUAAGAAGAAGACUGGGGAACAUCAUUUUAGAGAAGAAUUUAAGGACCCGAGUAACAGAGUAAACACCCUCAUCAGUAAUGAUGUACUGGAGGAACUGAUGAAUAUUCACUACCACUAUCACAAAAUGAAGUGUGCCAUUUCAGCUGACAAAUCCCAGCCAGACAAGUCCCUGAGCUUGAUAAAAGAUGACUUUGUGGCUAAUCUCAAAGACAUAACCCUGGAACAUCACGAAUGGCUGCAGAACAGAAUGAAAUUAUUCCAAGAUGCUAAAGAAACUGACAAAAUAGAAAACAAAAAGAAAGAAGAAGCUUUGCUAGCAUCAGAGGGUUCUGAAAGAGCAAGUGCCUUGGCCAGAAUCAAAUACAGGUCUUAUUCUGCAGCUAUUGAGGUUUCCAAAUCCAGGAGACACCGCCAAGUGCAGUUAGAAUCCUCUGAAUCAGGACCCAGUUGUGGGAAGUCCCCGAGUCGAAGUAAAAAACCCAGCAGGAGACCACAGCCAGCAAGGAGAAGAGGUUCUUCAGAAACUGGAGGUGAAAUGCAAGUGGCAAAGGAAACUGUAACUCAACAUAUCGGGAUGCCAAUAAUCACAGAAGAGGACACAGAUGAAGGAGAAGUAUCUCUCCCCAAGAGGAGAAGAUUACGUUAGAGGAUCCGGCUGGAGAAGCACUAAUGUUCAUUUUAAUGACAAAAUGAAAAUGUCAGAGGUAACACCAAGUGCUUGUUUUGGACACCUUUGAACAUAAAAGAAGUGUCUGGGACCAGAACCACAGGGGAUGCUGGAAUACUGGUGGUGGCUGGGAUCUGUAUUCACCUGGUGAAUGCUUCUUGUGGGAGAUGGAAGUUUCUGAGUCCUGGCUGAGAUGGAAAGAGAAGGCUCAGAAAAUAUUUGCCCGUGUAAGACAUGUCUGUAAUCCUUUAUUUCUAUACAUCAGGUUAUUGACUGUUGAAAAUUAGUGCAAUAAAUUAUUUUUUAUGUUUGA